UGUCCUACAGCAACCAUCGUAGUUUUAGCUGACGCCAGAGUGGUGAGUUAGCAUUUGAGAAUCGCACAGAAAGUAAUGGCCGGUAAAGGAGGAAGAAAUCCUCGACCAGGCCCUGGCCUUACAGGGAGAAAAGGUACAGGUGAACAGGAAGAAGAGGAGCCUCCGCUGCAAGCCAUUUUAGUCGCUGACAGCUUUAACCGGAGGUUUUUCCCGGUGACUAAAGACCAGCCACGGGCUUUGCUGCCGCUGGGUAAUGUUGCUAUGAUCGACUACACUCUGGAGUUCCUCACAUCCACAGGGGUCCAAGAAACAUUUGUCUUCUGCUGCUGGAUGUCCAGUAAAAUCAAAGAUCACUUACUGAAGUCAAAGUGGUGUCGGCCAACCUCCCCAAACACAGUUCACAUCAUCACUUCAGACCUGUACCGCUCACUGGGAGAUGUGCUCAGAGAUGUUGAUGCAAAGAAUCUUGUGCGUUCUGACUUUGUGCUAGUUUAUGGUGAUGUGUUGUCAAAUAUUGACAUCAGCCAGGCACUGCAGGAGCACAGGCAACGUCGAAGGAUGGAUAAGAACAUCUCAGUGAUGACUAUGCUCUUCAAGGAAUCAUCUCCAGGUCACAAGUCCCGUUGUGAGGAAGAUGAUGUUAUUGUUGCAGUUGACCGCAAAAGCCAGCGGAUUUUACACUACCAGAAGACACAAGGGCUGAAGAAACUACACUUUCCCAUGAACAUUUUUCACAGUGCAAGUGAUGAGUUUGAAAUCAGGCAUGACCUGUUGGACUGUCACAUCAGUAUCUGCUCCCCACAGGUUGCUGAGCUCUUUACUGACAAUUUUGACUACCAAACUAGGAAUGAUUUUGUCAAAGGGAUCUUGGUCAAUGAAGAGAUCCUGGGAAACCAGAUACACAUUCACGUCACCAACGAUGGAUAUGGAGCUAGAGUGUCCAACUUGCUUAUGUAUGAUUCGGUGUCAUCAGAUUUAGUGCGACGAUGGAUCUACCCUCUGAUCCCAGAGGCAAACUUCACAGACAAGGAGGGGCAGAGCUGUACAUACUCUCGCCACAAUGUCUACCGAGGGUCUGGAGUCAGUCUGGGCCAUGGUAGCCAGAUGGAGGAAAAUGUUCUCAUUGGCUGCGACACAAGCAUUGGCGCUAACUGUCACAUUUCUAAUAGUGUCAUCGGUAACAAUUGCACACUAGGUGACAACAUAAUCUUGGAACAUGCCUAUAUCUGGAAUAAUGUUCACAUUGCCAGUAAUGUGGUGAUCAGACAAUCAGUCGUCUGUGACCAUGUCAUGGUCAAAGAGGGUGUGGAGCUAAGUAAGCAGUGUGUCCUGGCAUAUAAUGUUGUAAUUGGACCAAACAUUUCCCUCCCUGAAGGAACUGUGGUUUCCAUGCACCAUCCGGAGGAGGAGGAGGAGGAAGAUGAUGAUGAAUUCCUCAGUGACUAUGCUGAGGUAGUUCAAAGUAAAGACAAAAGCAAACAGAAAGUUUUCAAUCCAAUAGAGGUUGGAGCAGAGGGAAGAGGCUACAUCUGGAAAAACAGCUGUCAAUAUGACACAGAAGAUGAGGAGUUGCUGCAGUGUCUCUGGGGGUUGGUCCUGAACCCAGACCCUGAGAGUGAUAGUGAGCACAGCGAACCUGAUGGUCCUGAUGAUCCAAUCAUCCCCUCUCCUGAAAUGGAUGAUGUCAAAGUCUUCCAAAUAGAAGUUCUUGGGACUCUGCAGAGAGGUUUGGAGGAAAACAUAAGCUGCGACAAUCUGGUACUUGAGAUCAACUCGCUGAAGUAUGCCUACAAUAUUAGUCUGAAGGAAGUCAUGCAGAUUUUGACCAGAGUGGUUAUGGAGUGUCCUUUUCAGCAGCAUGGCCCACAGCUCACCACCUCACAAUAUGUUGCUAUGCUCCUACCGUUGUUGAAGAAAUGGGCUCCAGUAUUCAAAAACUAUGUGAAGAGAGCACAGGACCAUCUAGACUGUCUGUUGGCAUUUGAAGAGCAUUUCCUGGAACAAGAGAGUCACUGGGCUGCUAUGGUUAAGGUCCUAAUGAGCAUGUACCAGUUGGAGAUCCUGGAGGAAGACAUGAUCCUACACUGGUUCUCCCAGGGAGCCACCACUGACAAAAGCAGGAUGCUACGGAAGAACCAAGGGCUUCAGAAGUUCGUGCAGUGGCUACAAGAGGCUGAGGAAUCUUCAGAGGAGGACGUAAAAUAAUGAGGAGCUCACAGAAAGACUUUGUUACGUGUAAAAGAUUGGCUCUGAGAUGUUGAAGCUGAUAUACAUUUUAUUACAUUAUGCAUCAUCAUGUAAAGGCUGUGUGCUUUGAAUGUCACCAUCCAAAUAAAGAAGCAGCAUUGAACUGUA